AUGUACUUGAGGGGGCGCUAUGUCUCCUUGCCCUGGGGGCUCAAACCUGCCCACGACUGCGUAGUCUUUUGGGCGGCAGAAGAGCAGCAGCAGCAGCAGCAAGGCGAAGGGUGCGUGGCCCUGGGCGGCCGCCGCUUCUUCCCCCGGCCGGGCCCGACGUGCGCAACCACCGAGAGUCCGGCCCUGGUUUCCCGAGGCAACCGGCUGGCGGAGACGUCAGGCAGGCAGCCUCGGCGGAGGAGCCGCAGCAGCCGCAGCCCGCCGAGGGCCGCCGAGAGCGAUGCGCCCAUGGAGGCGGCGGCGGCGCUGGGGCGCAACAACGGCUCCUCGGCGGCGCGCUGGUGGGGCAACGCGAGCGGCGGCGGCGUGGAGGGGGACGAGGCGUGGCCGGGGUCGUCGCUGGCCUGGCCGGCGCUGCUGCUGCUGCUGCUGAUCCUGGCGCUGUCGGCGGCGGGCAACGGGGCGGUGCUGCUGGCCAUCGGGCGCCACCGCCAGCUGCGCACCGUCACCAACGCCUUCGUCCUCUCGCUGGCCCUGGCCGAGCUGCUGGGCGCCCUCCUCGGCCUGCCGCCCGCCCUGGCCGCCCUCCUCCGCGGCCGGCCCCCCGGCGCCUGGCUCCUCGGGCCGCGCCUCUGCCGGGCCGCCGCCGCCCUCCACGCCGCCCUCGGCAUGGCCGCCGCCCUCACCCUGGCCCUCCUGGCCUUCGACCGCUACUGCGCCAUCGUCCGCCAGCCCCGCCGCCAGAUGGGCCGCCGACGCGCCGCCCGCCUCCUGGCCGCCGUCUGGCUGGCCGCGCUGGGCCUCGCCGCCCCCUGGCUCCUCCUGGCCCGCGGGGAGGAGGAGGAGGGGGCGGCGGGGGAGACCCCCCACUGCUGGUACGCCCGGCCCUGGGGCGCCUCCUCCUCCUCCCGCCUGGGCCCCCCCUACGCCGCCGCUCUCAUCGUCCUCGGCUACCUCCUGCCCUUCGCCCUCAUGUGCUUCUGCCACUACCACAUCUGCCGGGCCGUGCGCCUCUCCGAGAGCCGGGUGCGGCCCCUCACCUCCUGCGGCCCCCUGCUGCGCUCCCGCGGCGAGAUGCGCACCGCCACCACCGUCCUCCUCAUGGUCGUCGCCCUCAUCUGCUGCUGGGGGCCCUACUGCCUGCUGGGCCUGGCCGCCGCCACCGGCCGCGCCGCCCUCUCGCCCACCGCCGACGCCCUGGCCAGCUGGGCCGCCUGGGCCAACGGGGCCCUCAACCCCCUCAUCUACGCCGCCCGCAACCCCAACCUGGCCGCCCUCUUCGGACGCAGCCGGGGAGGGGGCUACCGGACCCGCAACGACCUGGCCGCCUACCUGGGCGCCGCCCGGGGCCGCCGCCCGGAGGCCAAGGGCCGGGCCGAGCGCUACGCCAGCCAGGGCCCCGCCACCGGCAGCGACCUCUGCUCGGCCAGCCCGGCCGGCGGGGGAGAGGUGGCCAUGUGGGCCUGCAAGAACCCGGCCCUCCUCUUUUGCCGCGACGGGCAGCCGGACACCCUUUCCGAAGUGGGCGCCCAGCUCAAACCGGAGACUGUGGACACCAGCCUUUGA